AUGUAUGGAAAUUUCCGUUAUUCAGCUGUACGAACGUGUUUAAGAAGUCUACGAUUUGUCGGUCAACAAAUUAGGACGGUUACUACUGAAAGUAUCACACGGGAAGGAGAUGGACGUUUUAUUACAAAAGAAAGGUCCUUCAAGAAAGGUGUUUUAAACACAAUUUAUGACAACUAUACUACAACUGUUACAUAUAAAUUAGAGGAGGGACAGAGUGAGCCAGUUACGGUGGCCUUCAGCAACUUAUUUUUAAGGGACGCUUCAAAGUCUCUAAUGUCAGUCGAUCCGGGCUCUGGUCAAAAAUUAUUUACUACAGGAUCUCUUUUAUUAAACAAACACUCCAUGAUUCCCAACAGGGUGGAAAUUGUGAGCGAUGGCAAAGCUGUUAAAGUUGAUUGGUCUGAUGGCGAUUCAUUCUCUUACUCUUUAGAAUUUUUACACGAACAUUCUGGAUUAUACCCUUUAAACUACAUAUCAAAACAUGACCCAGUGCUUUGGGAUAGAGACCUGAUGGCGGCACAGAUAGAAAGGCAGCUGUACAUUGAUUACGAUUCUUUUAUAUCUAGCAAUUCGAGCAAGGGGCUGUAUAGAUCGUUGAUCAACUUGCAAAAAUAUGGAAUAACUUUUGUUAACAAUAUUCCUGAACAAGUCCCGGGGCGACCAGUGUAUGUUAAAAAAAUAGCAGAGCAUAUCGGUAAUAUAUACCAUACUUUUUAUGGAGAAAUUUUUGAUGUCAUCAACAAGAGUUCCGCAGAGAACAUUGCCUACACAAACCAUCCAUUGCCGUUGCACAUGGAUCUUCUCUACUUAGAAAAUGUUCCAGGAUGGCAGCUGUUACAUGCUAUAAAAAAUUCAUUUGGAGGGAAAGAAAGCGGGGCAAAUUAUUUCGUUAAUGCAUUUCGUGCUGCGAAAUAUGUUUGUGAGACAGAUAUUGACGCAUACAAUGCACUAAAAAUUGUUCCUAUAAACUAUGGGUAUUUCCGUGAUGACAAGCGUUACUACCAAUCAAGGCCAUUAAUAGAGGAAAAUGACUAUAUCGAGAGCAAUGCUUCAACUGGGCUGUUUUCUGACUUAGUGAAGUGUGUGAACUAUUCCCCCCCCUUUCAGAAGCCCUUAACGUUUGGUAUUUGGGAUAAACCAAAGGAUUUAUCCGUGAUUACACCACAUCAAAAGUUGACUGAAAGAUUUAGGUUUAGGGACUUCCAAAGAGGUUUAGCACUGUUCGAGGAUUACAUUAAUUCUCCCGAAAACCAAUAUCGAGUUAAGUUACCUGAGGGUACAUGUGUAAUUUUUGAUAAUCGCAAGAUCUUACAUGCCCGUACAGCGUUUAAUGGCAAGAGGUGGCUACAAGGCUGCUAUUUAAAUAGAGAUUGCGUUGAAUCCAAGCUUCGAUACCUUGAUGAGACAUAUGGUAAGUAA